AUGGAAAAAAGGCCGUCCCAUGACCCUCUAGGCCAAGGUCGUGGCAAGAUGGAAGUAACCGACCCGGAAACAUACUACACCAAGCAGAACAUCAUCGGUGGAGGAAGCUUUGGCAAGGUCUUCAAAGGUGUCGACAAACGAACCGGCCAAUCUGUCGCUAUCAAGAUCAUCGACGUCGAAAACGCCGAAGACGAAGUCGAGGAUAUCAUUCAAGAGAUAAACAUUCUUUCCGAACUCAAUUCCCCUUAUGUCACCAAAUACUAUGGCUCAUACCUUAAGGGAUCCGAUCUCUGGAUCAUCAUGGAAUACUGCUCCGGCGGAAGCUGUGCAGACCUCCUCAAACCCGGCCUUAUUCCGGAAGAUUACAUUACCAUCAUUAUUCGGGAGCUGCUCAUGGGAUUGGAGUAUUUACACAGCGAUAACAAGCUACACAGAGAUAUUAAAGCCGCGAAUGUGCUACUGGGAUCAAAUGGCCAGGUCAAGCUUGCCGACUUUGGAGUCUCCGGUCAGUUAUCCGCUACAAUGACCAAGAAGAACACCUUUGUCGGUACACCUUUCUGGAUGGCCCCAGAAGUCAUCAAACAAGCCGGGUACGAUCAAAAGGCAGAUAUUUGGUCGCUCGGCAUAACAGCCCUCGAACUUGCCAACGGAGAACCCCCAUACGCCGAUAUACACCCGAUGAAAGUCCUCUUCCUGAUACCGAAAAACCCUUCUCCAGCACUCGAGGGCGAUUUUACCCCUCUAUUUAAAGAAUUUGUCGAUCUUUGUUUGAAGAAAGACCCCAAAGAUCGCCCUACCGCCCGAGAUCUGCUCAAACAUCCCUUCGUUCGGCGUGCGAAGAAGACCACCUACCUCACCGAAUUGAUCGAACGACACGAACGGUGGGCAAUUGAACAUCCUAGUGGUACAGCCGACGAGGAUGAGGUCAUGGAAGAGCCGCCGAAGGAGGAGGACGCACAAGACAUGUGGGAUUUCGGUACCGUAAGACCCGUUAGAGGGCCUAAAGAAGGCUUGAAAUCUAUCUCCACGGCCGCAGCCAAGAUGCGAAAUGCUCGGUCUCAGAUGCAGCAAUUGCAGAAACCUGCCGAGCCAGUGCAACAGAAUCUACCGGCUUCAAACGUUAAGGAAAAUAUACAGGGUUCGCCUCAACCACAAAACUUUCGAGACUCUGGUUAUGGAUCCGAUCCUCGAUUCAAGCAUCCAACCCCUCCUCAAAACCAGAUGCAUGAUAUGCAGCAGCAGCAGCAGCAGCAGCAGCAGUUGCAUAUGCAAGCUGCGCAGCAACAGCAGGUCCCGCAACAUCAUCAAUUUGCUCAGCAGGUCCCGCAACAUCAACAACCCCCGUCUCAUUAUUCGAGUCAAGAUAUGAUGAUUGAUGAUGACGAGGCGGCUUCACGGGCGGCUCUAGCGCAGGAUCUCUCUUGGAUGAGGUUGAGUGAAUCUGGUAUUCCUCAAUCAUCAACAAAUCAGACUCCUUCUACAUUUGGGGCCCGGCCCGACCAGAAACCUCAGCUUGUAAGAUCUUAUUCUGCUGAUCAACGGCAACCUAUGUCACCUGGAAUGCCCCAGCAGCAGCAGCAGCAGCAGCGCCAUCACUCACAGCAGGCACAACAACAGCAACAGCAACAACAAUUCAGACCUGCGAACCAGAACUACGGUUUCCAACCACAACCUCCUCUGAGGUCACUGACGGACCAGGAUUCGCCUUUGAACCGAUCGUACCAUCAAACUAGGCCGCUCCAGCCAACUCGACCACAAGAACCUGAGGCAGGUGCAGAGCAUGAAGUUACAGCGCUUGAGGGUGUGAUCCUACCCGCUCUAGAGGCGGCACUAGGGCGGAGAACUCACAACUUACAAAACCAAAUCAAGCGCUCCUCAGCAUCCGCUCAAAGUUCGCCAGCACUCAAAGCGGCUGCCGAGAAAGUAAUUCAGCAACGGCAACAAGCCCAUGAGAGAGUAAGAAAACUGGCGAUCAAAGUAGCCAGUGUCUUCAAGGAGAUCGAGGAAUGGGACACAGCUGCUCCUGUGGGAAUGGGAAGCGAAGUCACAAGCUUUCUGGAAGGCUUCCUCGAAGAAAUCCUAGUCAGGGUUGAUGCAGAAGAAGGAGAUAUGUACGAGGAAGAAAAUACGAGCCCGAAUCCCCAGCCGGCGCCAGCGCCCACCGGUAAUUGA